AUGCUCCACGAGAUCCUUCUCUCCCUCUCCGGUCAGCAGUCGUCUCUCUUCAGCUUCCAAACCGAAGAAGAUGUCGUCUCUGAAGAAUCUUUUCCGCUUCUUUCGCCCCCAGAAAAGGCGCUCCUCUCCCCCCUCGCCCGUCUAAGCCGCCUGCACGCGAAGCUUCGAGCCCAUACGGCACAGAUCUGUUCCACCCACCCGUCGGUCAUAUCCCGGGCUGUCUCUACAGCUAUUCGCAGUCAUCACCUCGGAGCAUUCCAGAAGAAGAUACUGGAGGUCGAGAAGGCAAUCAUAGCCGAGGACAGUAGCUAUGUUGGCGGGUACGGAAUAGUCCCGUUGGCGACGGUUGUUGGGGAAUUCUCACCAUGGACGCGACGCUUGGAAUGGCUUUGGGAACUCGUACGCUUCAUACAACCCGCCUCCAAGACGGAAAAUUCUCAGAGCUGCUCGGGCGCAUCAUUGAUCGAUCACCUUCGCGGGGAAUCGCAAACUGGCUAUGUGGACAUUGAGGAAAUGGCACUACUCUUGAUUGGUGCGGCAGAGACCGCCUGGAUGAGACAGCUCUCAACGUGGUUGCUGUAUGGCAACCUUCCCAUUCUGGGCAAAGGCGAUUUCUUCAUUCAAGAAGCUAGUACGUCCGAGCGGGAAGGAUCUGGCUCGGUCAUGCAGUUUGUUAUACAUGCCGACCUCCUCCCUCAGUUUGUUUCAACUCAUACUGCAGCAUCAGUCUUAUUCAUAGGCAAAACGUUGAACCUUAUUCGAGCGAAGCGUGGGCCUUCCAAUCGGCGUGCAACUGAGGCACUUUUGACAUCGCCAGUGACCCUACAUGGCGAACACAUUACCCAUCUUGCAGAGCUCAAGUCACCUAUCUCAGCGUCAAAGUUGUCUACUGCCGUCAAUUCAAUCCGGCUUUCAUUAUCACAGAGCACGCUCUCUAAACUACUGCCUCUCCCCAAAAUUCUCGAAAUACUCUCUGUUUUGCACGACUUCUUGCUCCUACGACGAGGCGAAUUUGCUACCGCAUUGGUGUCACAUGCUCAUAGUCGCUUACAAGAACGACAGCGAAGACCAGAUGCUACAGUUCUCAGAAACUUUGCACAGAACAACGUCGAUAGUCUCGCGAUUAAAGAAGGGGACUUGGCGACAGCUUUGACCAAUACUUGGGUUGAACUUUAUUCUCUCCAAAAUGAAGAGGACUCGGCAGAUGACGAGCUGGACCUUGCUAGAGAGCUUGUCCGAUUAUCGAUCAAAGCAAAAGAGCGCGACCGAAAUCCUAGAUUAACGUCUGAAGGAGCUGGAGCUGAGCUUGUGGCGGAAACUUCCAACGUCCCUUUUGACGACCUUCUUUUUCCCACUCCGACGUCCCUUUCAGUGCAAGUACUUCCUCCUCUCGAUCUGUUCCUUUCAGCGUCCGACAUCUCGAUUUACUCGAAGAUCCACUCGUAUCUGUUGAGCAUCAGGCGCGCACAGAUCCGGCUAGGUGAUAUGUGGAAGCACACACCACUACGAAGAAGCUAUCCCUCGCCUUGGGGUCCUCCACGGAGUAAUAGCCGGUUCGGACAGAGUAGACUCCGAAUGGGGAGGGAACGAGAAAAUGCCAGACUUGCUCAGAUGCGGGCUAUUUGGGCAACGAACAGUGCAUCUCUCUUUGUGCUUUCUGAGAUUGGAACAUUCUUUCAAGGGGAAGUUAUUAAUGAGUCAUGGCAGCAUUUCCGGGAGUGGAUUGAAGCAGGAGUAUCUGACACACGCUCCAUGCCAGGAUCACGGCCAGGCUCUCGACCGGGAACCGCCAGCUCAUCAAAGGCAAAUAAUGAUAAUCCCGACCAGCCCGUGACUGCUGACGGUGAAUCCGAGGUAUCCAACUCGGAGCCUGUGACUCCUAGACGGCACGACCCAGAAGCUCUCACGGCUGCUCAUCGCCGGUAUCUCUACUCCCUCGUGCAGUCUUUAUAUCUAACUAAUACACCAUUCACACAAGCUCUGCGGGGGCUGCUCAUAUGCAUUGACCACUUCAUCGCUCUCGUCAUUCGACUAGAGAGUAUACAGCGCAACAUGGACCUGGAGACUGACGAAGGUGUGGUUGAUGCCCUAGUUGACUAUGCGAGCGAGGAGCGCGAGUUAUGGGACACUCUUCAAGUAGCUCGAAGAGACGUCGAGCGAUCGAUCCAAGAGGUCGUGGCGCGGUUGAGGGAGAUUGAUGAUAGCCGGACGGAUGAAGGACGAAUGAUGUUUGAGCUGGCGAGUAACACGCACAAGACCUGGUCGGUAGCUCAAACGAACGAUUGCUCGUACGUGCCGCGCAAGGCUGCAGGGGUCGACCGGCUGCUCAUGAAGCUGGACUGGGGGACAGCUACGGGUAAUUAA